AUGGACCGGAUCGGAAACCUGAUAGUGGGCCGUUCUCCCCGGUGGAGUGUCUCCUCUCGGAGGUUGGGAGCCAGGCCCGGAGGAGGGAGUUUGGGGGAUGAGCAUUUCCCACCUCAGCGGGCCCAGGUGCGGGGCUACCGGCGCGGGGGCAGUCACUGCGCCAGGCAGGGACUUAGUGGGAAGCGGGUUGAGGCUGAAGCUUUAAAAUCCAAAGGAUGCGAGGCUGACCGGGAGGAAGUGUUUGUUUUUCACAUUUUCCAAAUUAUACCUUUAUUUUUCUUUCAACAGGAAGGAGUCAAGACUGAGAACAACGAUCAUAUUAAUUUGAAGGUGGCGGGGCAGGAUGGUUCUGUGGUGCAGUUUAAGAUUAAGAGGCAUACACCACUUAGUAAACUAAUGAAAGCCUAUUGUGAACGACAGGGUUUGUCAAUGAGGCAGAUCAGAUUCCGAUUUGACGGGCAGCCAAUCAAUGAGACAGACACACCUGCACAGUUGGAAAUGGAGGAUGAAGAUACAAUUGAUGUGUUCCAGCAGCAGACAGGAGGGGUCUACUAAAUAGGGAACCUGCUACUUUACUCCAGAACUCUGUUCCUCCAGACCAAGAAGACAUUCUCAAUUAGAAAACUGCAAUUUGGUUUCAACACAUCUGACUACUACAGUAUAAUUUUCUCUAUUUUUUCAUUUUCCCCUUCCCCAUUCUUUUAUUGUACAUAAAGUAACCGAUAUAUGUGCACAAGCAUUUGUAAUUUUUUUUUUAACUAAAUGGCCAAUGGUAUGUUUUGAUCUACAUCAAAUGGAGAUGGGAUGGGGAAAAAAUACUGGUUCUGUGAAAACACCCCCUUUCUCCAUUAGUGGCAUGCUCAUCCAGCUCUUAUCUUUAUAUUUCAGUAAGUUAUUUUGCUCUCCCUGUUU